GCUCCAGCCCUGGCUGACGGAGGCAGAUGAUGGGGGAUUUUCUCCCUCUUUCUCCCCCUCCAACCCUCGAGGAUGCAGUUGGAGCAUGAGGCACUUCAAGAACCUCAACAGAGUUUUGAAACCCACAAUGUCUCUAACCAGCCACAUUGUUCCUGACGUGCACACACGCGUCUGGCCUGAAAAUCCUGCCUGGACCCGUGGUGCUGCCCCUGGGCAGGGGAUUACAGCUGGGAUCCCAGAACCUGCUCCUUGGCUGGCUCCGCGGGGCUUGCAUGACUCUUUGGCGAUGAACGCAGCCAGAAGUGGCUACCGGGUCUUCUCGGCCAACUCGACGGCAGCCUCCACCGAGCUGGCGAAGAGGAUCACGGAACGUCUUGGCGCUGAGCUGGGCAAGUCUGUGGUGUACCAGGAAACCAAUGGAGAAACCAGAGUUGAAAUAAAGGAAUCUGUGCGGGGACAGGACAUCUUCAUCAUACAGACAAUCCCCAGAGAUGUGAACACUGCUGUCAUGGAGCUGCUGAUCAUGGCGUAUGCACUGAAGACUUCCUGUGCCAGGAACAUCAUUGGGGUCAUCCCUUACUUCCCCUACAGCAAACAGAGCAAGAUGAGGAAGCGGGGCUCCAUAGUCUGCAAGCUGCUGGCUUCCAUGCUGGCCAAGGCAGGUUUAACACACAUUAUCACAAUGGACCUUCACCAAAAGGAAAUUCAAGGCUUCUUCAGCUUCCCAGUAGACAACCUGAGAGCAUCCCCUUUCUUGCUUCAGUAUAUACAGGAAGAAAUCCCAGACUACAGAAAUGCAGUUAUUGUAGCCAAAUCUCCUGAUGCAGCUAAAAGGGCUCAGUCCUACGCUGAGAGGCUGCGGCUGGGGCUGGCAGUGAUCCACGGGGAGGCUCAGUGCACAGAGCAGGACAUGGACGAUGGACGUCACUCCCCUCCCAUGGUCAAAAACGCAACUGUGCAUCCUGGCCUGGAGCUGCCGUGCAUUUGAGCAGUGUCUUCCCACCUCAAGUGGCACAGCAAACCAACCCCUUGGUCAGCUCUUCCUGCCAUGUGUGCCACCACCAGCGGUCCCAGUGGUGUAAGGCGUGAUGGCAGAGUGCAGUAGGGUUCAGCUGUGUCCCUGGGUGCUUUGUGAGUGGUAGGACACAUGCAGCUCAGAGCUGUAUGCUUCCUUACAUCAAAACUGGCCAGAGAAACCUCUGCGUGUCAGAACAGAAGCAUUCUGCAGGGCUCAACUACCACAAACCUGGGUCUGGGCAGUUAGGAGGUGGCUGUGACUAAUGCUGGAGCAUCCUGCUCUGAGCCACAGCCACACUGGUGUGGAGCAGCCUGUCCUCCCCCUCUAGGCUCUGCAGGUCAGGGUUCCCUGAGUUGUGUUCCAGCCAGAAGAGAGGUGAAACCACAUCUGGGAGCAGCCCCAGAGCCCUGCAGUGAUGACUUGUGCUUUAUGGUGUUCUUCAUGGGCUUCCUAGUGAGUUGGCUGGGCUGCUGCCUCCUGGUGUGCACCUUUUAUCCCUAUUAUAGUAGAGAUCAUGUGCCUUUAAUGAGUCUUAUGUAGUGUAAUGGCUUAUUUAUUGUCCUGAGCGUGUAGUCUCAUCUGAUGCUCUGGUUUGGUGUCAUAUGGAGGUAUAACAGAAAAGUGCCAAAGGUACUUCCAGUUGCAGUUCUUCAAGUGCUGUGCUGAAGCAGCAGCAGCAGCUCCCAUCGCUCAGAGCCCACAGAUCAGAGCCUUUGGGGCAGGAUGUCACUCCAGGGUUGUUCUCUUUGAUUGUGUGCUCUGUGUGGCUCCAGACUUGCAGCCGGUUUGGGGCUGUGCUUUACCAAGUGCAUGUGGGCUCUGCGUGGUUCCUAGAGAAAAGGAGUGGAGCACCAUCUGUUAAAUCAUUUCAGUCCUUCGUCUAGAUAGCUGCAGGUCUGCUUCCAGCCCAGAGCCCAGCAAACGGGUGAGGGAAGAAAGUCUGGGUUACAAACAGGAGUGACCACAGGUCUGUUCCUGCUUGCCUCCCUCUGUCUCUUCCCUGUGUCCAGGCUGGGCUUGGGGCUGUUACGUGUCCUUCCAGGUCUCUCUCUCACAGAACAGCUUGAGCAGCUUUUUGCUCAUGGGCUCUGUUGCAAAUGCAACAUUCCUUUUCUUGGUAAUUAGCACUUUAAUCCACAUUGGCAGCUCCAAAACAGAACUGGGUUUAGCAUUUACCAUUGGAGUUGGAACUGGAUGAGCUUUAAGGUCCCUUCUAGCCCAAACCAUUCUAUGAUUUCUUAAUCCAUUUUUGACUGCAACAGGCUUGUGCACCUGAGAACGCUGGUUCUUUGUGCCAGUGAUAACACUGCUUUUGAUGGGAGGUGCUUUAGUGUAUAUUACAUCAGAAUGAAAGUGUAGGUUUGAGUGUUUGGCUGGUGAACUUCUAUCCCCACCACCCCUCAGUGUUCUUUGAUAGUCUUGUUUUAUCAAACUGGUGGUCAGUUUGGGUUUUUCCCCCUCUUUUCUUUAUUAUCCCCCCCUGAAGCUACAAGACCCACAAGCAUCUUUUCUGACUCCAGAAAAAACCCAGCAACUCUUUUAACUUAAACCCCUACAUAAUCCAAGGGGUUACACCAGGCAGAAGUACAGCUCUGGCUUCCUUCUGUUGCCCUCUCCUGUCUACAUACAAAUAGAGGGGUUUGUGUCUGAGAGGGAGAACGUUCUUUAUUACUCAAAUCAUGUUUUACCUUUUCAUAGCACAUCUUUAUGUUCAAAGAUUUUGAAAGCAAAAGAAUCUGGCUGCAGUAACCCGUGUGUAAGCUCUCCUCACACUGGAUUUGAUGUGCUUGUGGGUAGAUCUUUGGCUUGCAAUUGUUUUCUCUU